UAAUGAAGAGAUCAGAAAAAGAGUGUAAAUAGUUCGGAACGCUUCAAAUAGGUUCCAGUUCAAUGCUAUCAUUUAUCCGUAAAAGUUGUGCCAAAAUCAAUUUGAAGUGAAAGAAAAUGUUUUAUUGAAUUCUUAUCGAUCGAUAGAUAUAUGUGCCAUGUGCUAUAAUUUAUAUAGAAAAGCAAGAGAGAAUAAAUUUAUUCAAAUUAUAUUUUUGUAAAACUCAAAAAAAAAAGAAGAAAAAUUAAAUUUAAUCAUAAUGCCACGACGUAAACGUUAUUCUAGUCCUUUUGAAUUCAUUGAUGAUGAUUUCGAUGAGGAUAACUGCUCGCAAAGUUCUCGACAUGGAUAUCCACCGGUGCAACGUAAUGCGGCCAAUGCUCGGGAAAGGGCACGCAUGCGUGUACUUUCAAGUGCUUUUGGCCGUUUAAAAACGAAACUUCCAAACAUUCCACCCGAUACAAAGCUUUCAAAAUUGGAUACAUUACGUUUGGCAACGAUGUACAUAAAACAAUUAAAAGCCGUAGUCGAAGGCGGUGAUAAUGCAAAUCUAAAUGGUGAUCAUAUUAAUGGAGCAAUAAAUAGAAAUGCAAAUGGUUUUCUCGGUUCACAUCACACCACCACCCAAAGUAUGAGUUGGCCCUUUGGUUUUUAUCAUCAUCAUCUUCAUGAUAGCUGGUCCCGAGAUGUGGAAAACUUUAAAUCGAGACAAAUCCGUUUAGGGAAUGAAAGUUAUAUAACUCAUUUACAACCAAAUCAUCAAAACCAUGAUUAUAGUUGGCAUUCGGAGAACUCAUCUCCGAGUCACUUACAUCUGUCACAUUCUCAUGAGCCCGCUUAUCAAUUCUGUCAUUUAAAUCAUCCCGAAACACAUUCCUUGCGCAAUUAUGAGCAGCAUGGAAGCAGUGAUCAAAACUUACGAGCAUUUACAAAUUAUAAUAAUUUAACUGAUACUAGAUAG